UUCAAUAUUCGUUGCUGCCUGCUUCAUUCAUAAACACUUACGCUAUUAGAGUCAAAAUUUUAAAAACGUUGACGAAUUACCGAGCUUGCUAGUAUUGCUAUCAGACUGCAAGAAAGUCGGCGUUCAGCGCUCGACGAGCGGGCAACAGAGACAACGGCAGCGGCUGAGCAGCUGCAGCAUAAGAAUUUUAGGGAGCCGCGACACAGAAAAGGGACAUCAACAUCGAUUUUUUUUUGCACCCUUUACGUUUUGAGAGUGAAGCAGAAUCACUUUCGGCAAACGAAGAAAGAGCGGCGGCGGUGGAGGCGUAAAGAGCGCAGAUUUCAGCGAAGAUGAACGGAGGCGGGGGUCGCGAGGAUGAUCAGCAUCUGCCAGAUGUUUCCAGUGCAUCAGGAUCUGCAGCUGGAGCGGUGGGCGGGCGGGCCACGCCCGAAAUGAAGCGUUCGGCGGUGCGCAGCCUAAUCAAGCGAUACUUCCACCAACUACAAUCCGGCUGUGGGAACGCCAACUGCAGCAAUGCCAAUUGCGCCUCCAGCGGCAAGGUGGCGCCCAUGACGCCCAACGAGGUGGCCGCCCGAGCUCUGCAGCUCUUUUCACAGGAUGCACAGCUCUGCGAGUCGUUCACAUCGGAGACCAGCAGCCCCCAGGAUGUGGACAUGCUUUCACCGAACGACAGCAGCAGCAGUAGCAGCGGCAGCUCGACAAGCACAAUUACCUCAGCCAGCACCACCACGACAACCAGCAGACAAUCGCAGUCCACGCCAGCUGCCGUUGUAGUGCCCGUAUCCAGUCCGUAUCUUGCCCAGAGUGUGCCGCAACUGGAUAUCGCCGGCGCUGAACACUCGUCCGGCGACUCGGAACCUUGUACACCCACCCUGGCGCCAGUCCACAGCUUGGAUGCCAACAGUCUGAUAGCGCUAUAUGAGGAAUGUAGGGCGGCUGACAGUUACGACAGGAUUUGCCACGCAAUCGGCGUUGUGUUCUCCAGCGUAGAUAGACUGGGCAAGAGCUUCAUUCGCAGCGCAGAACCAGCGGCUUCUAGUAGUCUCCAGGAGCUGCUGGCCAAUUCAUCGGGGGCUUUAAACAAGGAGCAGCUACGAACUUUGGAAGGGGAACACGAUAAGGACGAAGACAGUACACAACAGGUGGACGAAGAAUCAGAAUCGUUGGCUAACGCCACUGCUUCUGCAGAAGUCGAAGAAGAGGACGAUGAUGUGUACUCAUCCCAAAGCAGCGACACGCUCGUGGAUCUGCCCGGUUUGCGACGAGUGCAGAGUCUCCUUUUUGGCUGUCAAAUACGAGCUAUCACGGAGAAGCUUACCAGCAGCGUUAUUCAGCUGUCUGACUGGGUGAUCUACAUGCGUACGGAUUGGGAAAGGGUCACUCACUGUCUGGUCAUCUGCUUUGAUCUAGCCACGAAUACCAAGAACAGUGUGGUAGACAUGGACUAUCUGGACAGGGUGCUGCCAAAGUUGUGUCACGCGGCGUCCGCCAUGCCAGUGCCGGCACAGACGCGCCUGGCCAGGAUCUGGGCGGCUCAUUGUUCGGAUCAGCUGCAUUCGUUGAUCGCAGCCUGCCAGCAGCAAAUUACUCUACAGGUGCUUUUGGACGAGGAAUCCAUGCGCGAGAACGAAACCAUAAUCAGUGUCACCAAAGUUUUGAAGAUUGUCUUCUACGCGAACAUUCUGGCUAGCGAGCUGGAACGACCGUCGUGUCGGGUGCCGCUGGAGGAUCGAGCGGAAGCGGCGACCGCAUCUGGCAGCGCAGUAGUGGAGGACGACCUAUUCGCCUACAACUCUUUGUUGGAGCCGCACAUGCCCAAAUUCGCCGAGGAUCAGUUUGAGAAGGAGCUGCAGGUGUCGUCAAUCGAUUGCCGGAAACCACUGAUACCACUUGAGGAGUUCUACAACGAGGCGCUCAGUGAAAACAUUCAGAUGCACCACGACUACCUGUCCUACAAGACGUUAGCCAUGGAGAGCGAGAUUGGUUCCGGUCACGCAAACUACUUUUCGUUCAUGCUGUAUGCCUUUAUCCUCACGCCGUCAACCAAAGUGGAUGCCUUGUACUAUGACAGCCGAAUGAGGAUGUAUAGCGAGCGCUACUCCUCCCUUCACUCCAUCCUCAACAAUAUGGGCCAGGUAGGACAGGAAGAUACUCCUCGGCCGGAUCUUAAGCUGACGGUGCGAAGGGACCACCUCAUCAACGACGCGCUCAUUGGGCUGGAAAUGGUGGCCAUGAGCAAUCCGAAGGAUCUCAAGAAGCAGUUGGUGGUGGAGUUUGUCGGCGAGCAGGGGAUCGACGAAGGCGGCGUAUCCAAAGAGUUCUUCCAGCUAAUCGUGGAGGAGAUAUUCAACCCGGCUUUUGGAAUGUUUAUACAGCAGGAGGAGACCAACAAUAUGUGGUUCAAUGCCACACCAUUUGAGAACGGAGCCCAGUUCACUCUGAUUGGUAUAAUUAUUGGCCUCGCGAUCUAUAACAACGUCACCCUGGCCGUAAACUUCCCCAUGGUGGUCUACCGCAAGUUGAUAGGCUAUCGCGGCACGUUCGCCGACCUCAGCGACUGGAGUCCGACGCUGUACAAGAAUCUGAAGUCCAUGCUGCACUACCAGGGCCAGGAUAUGGAGGAGGUAUUCGAACAGACCUUCAAGAUCAGCUACAGCGAUGUUUUCGGUGAUGUGGUAGAGCACGAACUGCUGCCGAACGGCCAGGAUGUGCUGGUGGGGCAGCACAACAAGGAGCUGUUUGUCAACUUGUACAGUGACUUCCUGCUCAACACGAAUAUCGAGCAGCAGUUCAAUGCCUUCCGCAAGGGCUUCGAAAUGGUCACGGACGAAUCGCCACUGAAGCUGCUCUUCCGGCCAGAGGAGAUCGAGAUGCUGGUCUGCGGCAGUCGGGAAUUCGACUUUGUGGAACUGGAAAACUCCACUGUGUACGAGGGCGGCUACACGGAGAAUAGCCAGUACAUCCAGGACUUCUGGAGCAUAGUGCAUGCGAUGCCCAGCGAGGACAAGCACAAGCUGCUCGAAUUCACGACGGGAUCGGCGCGUGUUCCGGUUGGCGGCCUGAAAUGCCUGCGUCUGCUAAUCACGCGUCACGGUCCGGAUAGCGACCGUCUGCCCACAUCGCACACCUGCUUCAACGUACUGCUCCUGCCCGAGUACAGCAGCCGCGAGAAGCUGGAGGAGCGCCUGAUGAAGGCCAUCAACUACUCGAAGGGCUUCGGCAUGCUGUAGACUAUGGUCCAAACUGCGAGUGCAAGUCUGUCAUCUGGAACUGAUACCACCACCUCUCUGGGACGAAGAUUUCGAAUAUUUUGAUCGGUUUGAGUUCGUUUUGGGUUCUGCCAUUUAUUUUUGAUACGACCUGUUCAAUGAGACAAUAUAUACAUACACAAUAUAUGUGCUCAAUUUAUAUGGUGCGAUGGCGAAGCGAGCGGACCGAACGGACACGCGUUUUUGUUUCUUUAGCCCAGUUAAUUGUACAUAGACACACACGCAUACUGCACUAUGUGAACUCACUCUAGAAACACCCACAUUUAAAAACAGUAUGCGCUUGAAUAUUUUCCUAAAUAAAUUUAAAGUAGUUCGGCGAAGA